UCUUCCCAUUAUCUGUCAUUAGGAAAGCAUAAUAUGUUUUUAAUUAGAGUUUGUGUAAGAUAAGCUUUUUUUUAAUGAUCUGAAAACUACAAAAAAAAAGGCCUGAAGAGGAGCUCUGAGGAUACUGAAUGCAUUAAACAUGCCCGUCUGUUCCAUACCAAAGGAGGAAACCAGGACAGGCUAAGAAAAGCAUGCAGCUUUAUAAUUUCUUUCCCCCAUUUUGUAAAUAAUUUUAUGAUUUUUUUAAGCUUAAUUUCUUCCCUCUGUAUUCUAUCCCUCAUCCUAUCCUCUCAAAGAUGUCUCUGUUCCUUCUCUACCUUAGCUCUGUGUCUUUAAAAAAAUAAAAAAUAUUGCUCACUGGUAACUGCAUGUACCUACAUGCAGAUUGUGCGCAGCUAUCCGAUCACAUGAUCUCCAACAGCCAAUCACAGCUUGGCUUAUUCAGCCAGCCCCUCCUGUGUAGCAGAUGACAGAUCCAAUCACAGUACCGUAUUUUGUUUCCUACAGUCUGUAAAGCUUAUGCUACUUUUUCUUCUUCUUUUUUUUCUUUUGAGGAAGUCUACUCUUCCUGGUCAAGAGUGGUUUAUAGAACGGCUCUGAAUCAGCUGGCAAGUCAAUAGGUAUUUGUUCACCUUGUUCGCCCCUCCUUUAGAGGGGAACUUACAGGAAAGGGUGUGCGAACUAAUACUGAAAGUGUUUCUGUGAGUGUGGGUCAGAUUUGUGGAGGCAUGUCCUGCAAGAACCGAGAGGCAGAAACAGGAUUCGUUCCCAGCGUUCAGGACUUUGACAAGAAGCUAGCUGAAGCUGAUGCGUAUUUGCAAAUUUUGAUCGACCAGUUAAAACUCUUCGAUGAAAAGAUUAAAGAUUGCAAGGAAGAUGAGUCGCGCAGAAAAAUUGAGAACCUGAAGGACACGACUUGUAGUAUGGUAGAGUCCAUCAAACACUGUAUCGUACUACUACAGAUUGCCAAGGAUCAAAGUAAAGAACAGCAACACACAAACGGACUGAUAAGCACCAUAAACCCAGUGGAUGGGGUAUUCCAGCCUACCCCUCUCAACACCUCUAUAGUCAGUGCCAGUGCCAUGCCAACGCAGACCACUCUACCCACAGAUGGAGCUCAGGUGUGUAAAACAGAACAGAGGCCUUCUUCUUUACCCGUGGGCCCUGUUGUUACGGUGAUGGGCAGCCUUCAGACCCCCACUCCCAACAGCACAGGGAGUGGUCCUUCAGCUCCCAGCAGCAGCGUGACUUCACCCAGUCACAUGAACGUACCGCCCCACACUGUCCCUGACUUCUCCUAUUCCAGCAGUGAAGACGAGUUUUACGAUGCAGACGAGUUUUAUCACAGCAGCACCUCACCAAAACACUGCAUAGAUCCGAACAGAACCGCUGCUGUGAACAGUGAAGACAGCACAGCCCUGAAACGGCCAGACACCAACGAAUCAAUCAACUCCUCCAUGUCGAACGGCACCACUGAUGCAGAUCAGUUUGACAGUCAUGAUGAGAGAGAUGAUGACGCUGAGGGUGAAUCUGUGGAAGAACACAAAAGUGUCAUCAUGCAUCUGCUGUCUCAAGUGCGACUGGGCAUGGAUCUCACUAAGGUCGUCUUGCCAACGUUUAUCUUGGAGCGGAGAUCGUUGCUGGAAAUGUAUGCAGAUUUCUUUGCACACCCAGAUUUGUUUGUAAGUAUUGCAGAUCAGCAGGAUCCAAGGGACCGCAUGGUGCAUGUGGUAAAGUGGUACCUCUCAGCCUUUCACGCUGGUCGGAAAGGAUCUGUGGCCAAGAAGCCCUACAACCCCAUUCUGGGCGAGGUGUUCUUCUGUCACUGGGACCUGCCUGAAACAGAGGAUCCUGCUGCUUCUGAGUCUGUAUCAGACGGGCCAGUGCCAUGGAGUAGCAAAAACAGUGUGUCGUUUGUGGCAGAGCAGGUUUCUCACCACCCUCCUAUAUCUGCAUUUUAUGCUGAGUGUUUCAGCAAAAAAAUCCAGUUCAACGCCCACAUCUGGACGAAAUCAAAGUUCCUUGGAAUGUCAAUUGGUGUCCAUAAUAUUGGUCAAGGUUGUGUGUCUUGUCUUGAAUAUGAUGAGCACUAUAUUCUUACUUUUCCCAAUGGCUAUGGAAGGUCAAUCCUCACUGUUCCAUGGGUAGAGCUGGGUGGAGAGUGCAAUAUUUCCUGUUCCAAAUCUGGCUACAGUGCCAAUAUAGUUUUCCACACUAAACCGUUCUAUGGAGGAAAGAAGCACAGAAUAACUGCUGAGAUAUUUGCACCCAAUGAUAAGAAGUCAUUCUGCUCCAUAGAAGGAGAGUGGAAUGGUGUCAUGUAUUCAAAACUGGCUACCGGGGAAAACACAGUAUUCAUUGACACAAAGAAAAUGGGCAUUAUUAAGAAGAAAGUGCGGAAAUUGGAGGACCAGUUGGAGUAUGAAUCCAGAAGUUUGUGGAAGGAUGUGACCGUGAACCUGAAACUGACGGACAUUGAUGCUGCGACGGAAGCCAAACACAGGCUGGAGGAGAAACAGAGGGCAGAGGCGAGAGAAAGGAAGGAGAAGGAAAUGCAAUGGGAGACGAGACUGUUUCAUGAGGAUGGUGAAUGCUGGGUCUAUGACAAGCCUCUUCUGAAGCGGCUAGCAUCGCAGCGGCACUGAGGCCGUUUCCAACACAGCAGAGUCUAGGAAAUAGAACUCUCUUGCAAACCACUUUUCUUAUUCAGCCUUGGAAUGAGUGACGAAUGAACCCUUACGGCUUUGCAUUUUCAAAGUUUGAACGAAUGUUAAGAAAACAAACUUAAUCUAUACAAAUAAACAAACCAACCUGCUCACGAGUUCAACACUUCCACCUCUCUAUCACCCUUUGAGGAAGAAAACACACCACGAACACACAAAAGACGUGAUCAGAAGCCCUUUAGCAUCACAAAUCAAUCAAACGCUCUCGUCUCGGCAAAAGAAGAACGAUCCAAGCCGACGUCUCUCUCUCUUUCUCCCACUCAAGAAGGGUUGAGGUGUUUUUAUCGAACGAACUCUGAAAACUACAGCGUUCUGUAUCUCAGGGAAGCAGCGGACUGAGGAUUGAAGGCUGUAUUUUAAUGUUCGAAAAGCCUUAACGGUGGAACCACAAAGUAAAGAAAAUGAGAACUUGGUUCACAUACUGCUAGCUACAGCUAUUUAUAUAUAUAUAAAUUUAUCUUCUUUCUCUAGGGCAAUAGUAACUGUUCGAAUAUACGUCCUUUACAGCAGCAAUCACCUUUAUGUUCCACUCCAUCAUCAGCCUUUCAUGCUACAAAAGCCACAAUAAGAAAAUGUACCAUUUACAUUACGGGCUGAAAUUUGAGACAACUUUGCCAUGGUUGUAAUCCAUUCCGAUUCGGUUUUGUUUUUUGGGAAUGAUUUGAUAUGCUCUAGAGCCUCGGGCAGGUUGUCUUAUUACAAAAUGCUGCUUGAGUGUGCACAUAAUUUAUCAUCUUAGCAUAAAGUUGGACUGUCCUGUAGAAAAUCGUAAAGGUGCACAAUAAAACCAUUUGAAAAAUCUGUGCUUAUCCCGCUGAGGUCAAGCAACGUUAUCACAAAUUGCCCUGCAAUCUCUCUUUCUGUGAAAUGUCACAUUUUAAUCCAAAUAAAUAUACGUUUCAUAUAGUCAUGCAUCUGAAAGCUUUGAUUCUCUUCUUGAAGGGAAAAGUAACAGUCUGUAGAGUCUGCAUGGAGUCACUUGGGUCAGUGUUUUCUCCUGGAAUGACGUCUAUACAUUGUGUAACAUAAUCAAUAAGCAAAAUCAAAUUGUAUUAUCCUUUUUUUUUCUUCUGAGAUGCAAUUAGAGCAAAACUGGCAAAACAAUAUUACUGCUAUAUCUUAAAGAAAGCCACUUGCUCUUCAUAUUCUGUAAUGAAUUGGAGGCCUUAUGAAGUAAAGUUUACUUUUGCCUAGUAUUGCUUUUCAGAAGCAAUCCCAAACAAUUUUUUCUUUGCCUGACAAUAAUUGAUUGUACCAGAUUUCCAUGUAUCAAAAUAUAAUAUUAAAUCUCAGUGAGACCAAUUUGUGUGAGAAGGUUGAAUGCAUUUGUUGUUACAGACAUCCAGAGUUAAAUGAUGCUGUUGUUCACUUCAUUUGAACUACAGGGCUUUGCAGCAUUUUGAUUUCCAAAGUAAUGGGAAUUAAUUAGCUUAUCACGGUUAAGAUGUAUUUUUUUUCUAAUUAUGUUCUGCUUUAUCUAGUAACUAGAAAUUAGCGUUUAAAAAUUCUUAUUCGGAAAUGACGAAUUACAGGAAAAUUCAUGAAACGUUGUGGGAAUUCUUUGGACAAAUGUGGGGGAAACCUUCAAGUGAUAUAAAGAAAGUAUACCAAUUUCAGAGUUAUUUCACAUUAACUCUAUAAAAUAAAUACCGUUUGCUACAACUUUUAAGUACCAAGCGAUAUUGUAUAUAUAUGCACAUAUAAUGUAAUGAAACCACUAUCUAUGACUUUACUAGGUGCAUUAAACGAAACAUGAACAAGCCAUUUAGUGCACUCAUCUCACAUUAUUAGACUUUAAAUCACAUAAAUAUUAUGUCUAUGAUUUGAAUAAGAAAACGUGCUGGUAUCACUGAACGCAAAAGGCUGGCGCCACCUGGUGUCAUGAAAGUGCAUUAAUAUAAGCAGAGGAAUUUCCCAGAAACCAUUGCGUUGAAACAGUAUAAAAAGCAAAGCGACGCGUUCAUUCGGUCUCAUUCUCCUGCGGCGCACCAAGGAUAGAGUAGGUCCAUUAUUCUGAGGACUGAUAAACGCGGGAGACCGCUGGAGUGUUGUGAACCUGGAAAGCAGUGUCAAAGGAACAUGUGCAGUGCAGUUAAAUUGAAAGGUGGUUUAAGAUGUUGCCACAAGAGAGAUGACUAUGCCAUCAGCUGAGCAUGGGGCGCAAGCAUGUCUGCAUGACUUCUACAGGGGAGCUAGUAUGUCUGGCUAUAGGGAAUUCAGCAGCUGUCUGAAUGUUCUUCAGGGUCUGAUGACGGCAUGAUGUGCUGAGUCACUGAUGCGCUGAGUGUCUGCUCAUUGACAGGUACUGUGGUGACCUCCGUGUCCUGGGAGUAUGUGGUGUGCAUUUAAGGGAGCUCAAGAUCAUCCAGGAUGGCUUUGAAACGAUCGUUGUAGUAGAAGAAUAGAUUCCUGCAUCUGACUCUUCUGAACCGUGUUCCAGGGCUUCAAUUCUUGUACCUCUGGUUUUUGUAUUGUCUAUUUGAAUCCAUUUAAAAUGACAUUUCAAACUCAUUAUCUACAUCUGUUGCAACUAUGCAAAGUUUGUAAAGUGUUAUUUCAAUAAAUUGGUAAAACCACAA